CAAUCAGAAAGCUUCCUUAAGUAUUAGAGCCAAUCAGAGCUGAGGUGCGCAGGUUUAAAUGCCUGUGAGGGCACUGGGCACUCACCUCCUCCAUCCCUUCAAGGCCUGUGUUUACUCUGUCCUCCUCCAACCCAAGCAGCCUCCCUGGGAAGAUGUCACCUGUCCUGAUUCUCCUGACCUUUCUUCUGCCACUUGGAGCUGGUGCAGAGGAGAUCAUCGGGGGACAUGAGGUCAAGCCCCACUCCCGCCCCUACAUGGCAUUUAUUCAGUCUGUGCGUGAUGAUGGGAAUAAGAGUCGCUGUGGAGGCUUCCUGGUGCGAGACAACUUCGUGCUGACAGCUGCCCACUGCCUGGGAAGCUCUAUGAAAGUCACUCUGGGAGCCCAUGAUGUCACAGCACAGGAGGAGACCCAGCAGAUCAUCCCUGUAGCAAAAGCCAUUCAACACCCUGACUAUAAUUCUAAGGACUACUCCAGUGACAUCAUGCUCUUGAAGCUGCAGAGGCAAGCCCAGAGAACUAAAGCUGUGAGGAUCCUCAAGCUUCCAGGGCGCAAAGUGCAUGUGAAGCCAGGAGAUGUGUGCUCCGUGGCUGGUUGGGGAAAGACGGCCCCAGAUGGCAAAUGCUCAGACACACUUCAAGAGGUGGAGCUGACGGUGCAGAGGGAUCAGGAGUGUGAGGCCCACUAUCCAGGUCGUUACAACAAAGCCAUUGAGAUAUGUGUAGGGGACCCCAAGAUCAAGCGUGCGGCCCUUAAGGGUGAUUCUGGAGGGCCUCUCUUGUGUAAGAAAGUGGCUGUAGGCAUUGUAUCCUUUGGAAAAAAUGAUGGUUCAACACCUGAAGUCUUCACCAGGGUCUCAAGUUUCCUAUCUUGGAUAAAGAAAACAAUGAAAAUCAGCUAACUACAGAGCAUGCCAAACCCUUCCCUGACUCACCAUCUUUCCCAGGCUGAGUCCAGGGCUGUCCUAGGACAGAAACUCAAUAAAGACUCUUUGCUGAAUCACAA